CCUCCCUCCAAACAACUCCUUAAACCCUCUGAUCAAUCUCUCACUUUUUCAUUUCCCCUUUUCUUCAAUGGCUUUCACCCAAUCUCUACUACCCUUUUUCUUCCUCCUCCUCCUCUUCCUCUUCUCUCCCACGCGCUGCCGCUCCUCCUCCAUCCACGGCCUCCUAAAAUCCAUGGGCCUGCCGCCGGGCCUCCUCCCCAAGGAGGUCAAGUCGUUCAAUUUCUCGGGCUCGGGCCUCCUCCAGGUGUUCCUCUACGGCCCGUGUUUGGCCAAGUUCGACACCAUGGCUCUGUACGAGAGCGAGCUGCGCGCUAAUCUCACCUACGGCAGCCUCACCGGCGUCCAAGGGCUGUCGCAGGAGGAGCUGUUUCUAUGGCUCCCCGUCAAAGAUAUAACGGUUGAUGAUCCCGGCUCGGGGCUGAUAGUCAUUGAUAUUGGGGUUGCUCAGAAGCAACUGUCUCUCUCGCUCUUUGAAGAUCCGCCGCACUGCACCGCCAGCAGUGGAUUAUUGAAGGAGAAUGCCAGAAAAGAGAAUGGAUUUGCAGCUCAAACAUAGACAAGUUUUUGCGCAGUUUAUUACUCCACGUUAAGGGACGUUCAAGUGGCCCAACAGCCCCAACAACGAUGCUUUAUUUGUUGGUUUGAAAGAUAAAUUACGGGUUCGAGCUUUGAUCUUUCCUCGAGAAAGAACAAAAAAAAAAAAAAUUAUAUAACUUCACUAAUAAUUAAUUGUAGGUAGGAGUUGGUGUAUUUUGGUAGUAGUGUAAAGAUUUGGGAAUCAGAUGUCCUGAUUAUAGUGGAUUGAUGAUCUGCUUGCUUAAUUUUUUGUUC